AUGGUUUCGAUCUUCGCCGCAGCAAAGGCCCUCCCAGUUUUGGCAGCCAGCGCUUUUGCUGCUGCGAGCUACCCUGCUAUCCCUGCUGAUUUGACAACUCCGGUGCAGCAGCGUAUUGCUGUCAAUGGACCCAACAGCGUAUCAAUCGGCUGGAAUACAUACAAACAGCUAAGCCAGCCGUGUGUUGCCUACGGCACCUCCGCCACGUCUCUGACGCAGCAAGCCUGCUCUCAGAGCUCUGUUACAUACCAGACUUCGCGCACUUGGUCAAAUGUUGUGACGCUCAGCAGCCUCUCGCCAGCAACAACAUACUACUACAAGAUUGUCUCGACCAACUCAAGUGUUGAUCACUUUCUGAGUCCCCGCCUCGCCGGAGAUAGAACCCCCUUCUCCAUCAACGCCAUUAUCGACUUGGGUGUAGUAGGCCCCGAUGGCUACACAAUCCAGAAUGACCAGACAAAGCGUGAUUCCAUCCCGACUAUCGAUCCUUCGUUGAACCAUACCACCAUCCAGCGGUUAGCGGAGACAGUCAAUGAUUAUGAAUUCGUCAUCCAUCCCGGGGACCUCGCCUAUGCUGAUGAUUGGAUCGAGACGCCCAAGAACAUUUUUGAUGGGACAAAUGCAUACCAAGCAAUCCUUGAGCAAUUUUAUGCUCAGCUUGCUCCCAUCUCUGGCCGCAAGCCCUACAUGGCCAGCCCAGGCAACCAUGAAGCUGCUUGUCAAGAAAUUCCGCACACGACUGGACUCUGCGACGCCGGGCAGCGUAAUUUCAGUGACUUCAUCAACCGAUUUGGCCGGACUAUGCCCACGGUGUUCACUUCCACCUCGGCAAACAACACGGCAAAGGUUAAUGCAAACAAGGCUCAGCAGCUCGCCAAACCGCCCUUCUGGUUCUCUUUCGAGUACGGAAUGGCGCACGUUGUCAUGAUUGACACCGAGACAGAUUUUGCCGAUGCCCCCGACGGACCGGAUGGUUCUGCUGGCCUCAACGGCGGGCCAUUUGGCGCCCCGAAUCAGCAGCUCCAAUUCCUCGAGGCGGAUCUCGCUUCCGUCGACCGCGCUGUCACGCCCUGGCUCAUUGUUGCCGGGCAUCGACCUUGGUACAGCACUGGAGACGCUGGUUGUACACCUUGUCAGACAGCCUUUGAAGGACUCUUCUACAAGUAUGGCGUUGACUUGGGAGUCUUCGGCCAUGUUCACAACUCCCAGCGAUUUUUCCCUGUUUACAAUGGCACGGCUGAUGCCGCCGGCAUGGCGAAUCCCAAGGCGCCGAUGUAUAUCGUCGCUGGCGGCGCGGGUAAUAUCGAGGGCCUCUCCGACGUUGGCUCCAAGCCAUCGUACACAGCAUUUGCCUACGCAGAUGACUUCAGCUAUGCCACAAUCCGGUUCUUGGACGAACAAAACUUGCAGGUCGACUUCUACCAGUCUUCCACCGGCAACCUUUUGGAUAGCUCGAAGCUCUUCAAGUCUCAUGAUCAGCAAUUCGUUGUCCAACAGAGUCCAGUGUCUUCAUAG